AGAGCCAGAGAGGUUCUCUUGUUUUGCCGGAGGAAGGCGGAGGAGAAGGCUGGCCAGGGUGGAGGAGGAGCAGCAGCAGCAACAGGAGCGGCCCCGGCUGCCACCCAGGCUCCUACGGAGGCCGCUCCUGAGAGGAGGCCACCACGCCACCAGGGCUGGAGCCGUCACCACGCUGAGACCAGCAGGCGCCUGGAGGAGGAGGGAGACCAGAGGGGCGACAGCAGGCACCACCAUGGCCACCGGAGAGAUCACCACCCUGCCGGAGGACAGCGGCAGUGGAGGCUUCCCUCCAGGGAACUUCAAGGCGCCCAAGAGGCUCUACUGCAAGAACGGGGGCUACUUCUUGCGGAUCGGCUCUGACGGCAGGGUGGAUGGGGUGCGGGAGAAGCACGACCCACACAUAAAACUUCAGCUGCAGGCUACCUCUCUGGGGGAGGUUGUGAUCAAAGGCAUUUGUGCAAACCGCUACCUGGCCAUGAACAGCGAGGGGAGGCUGUUUGGAGCGAGACGGCCAUCGGAUGAGUGCUACUUCCUGGAGCGUCUGGAGCCCAACAACUACAACACCUACAGGUCCAGGAAGUACCCCGACUGGUACGUGGCACUGAAACGGAAUGGGCAGUUCAAACUGGGCUCCCAAACUGGACCUGGGCAGAAAGCCAUCCUCUUCCUGCCAAUGUCCAGCAGAAGCUGAUCCAUCCGGACUGGACUAAUGGAUCUUGCCCCUAAAGAAUGUCUCAAAGGGAUCUUUU